UCCAAUAUGAAAGCGUGGAAACAGCUGCCAAAUGAGGGGCGGCGCUACGCCGUGCUCUUGUUUCUGCUUUGUUGUCUCUCCCACUUGACCCAACACAGCGCCGCCUGGCGUCCAUGUCCGGAGCUCAGUCCCGCCCUGCGUCUGCCAUGCAGGUGCAAUGUGGUGCCGUUUGCAGCAACCGGACAGCUCGGCGCUGUGGCCAUGGACUGCGAUCGCGUCGUCUUCCAUGGCGAUGCCCCCCAGCUGCCGUAUGGAGCUCCCAUUGUCUCAUAUACGCAACGUUACAGCGGCCAACAGGUUCUGCCAGCCCAGGCAUUUGGACAGCUGAAACUAACCAUCGAGGAGCUGGAUCUGUCCAACAACCUCAUCAGGCGUAUACCAGAAAAGGCCUUUGAUGGCCUCAAGGAUUCGCUGAACGAGUUGCGGCUGGCCAACAAUUUGCUGGGCGAUAACCUCAAUCCCAUUUUUUCAUCCGCCGAGUUGCAUGUGCUGAAGAAUCUGCGCAUCUUUGAUUUGUCCGGCAACAAGAUCAAACUGAUCGAGGAGGGUCUGCUGAAGGGUUGUGUGGACCUCAAGGAGUUCUAUGUGGAUCGCAAUAGCCUCACAGCGGUGCCCACAAACUCUCUGAAUGGUCCCAGUGGCCUGCGUCAUCUGUCUCUGCGUCAAAAUCUGAUUGGUGCACUACUGCCGGACUCCUUCAAUGCCCAGCGGCAGUUGGAGAUCAUUGAUCUGCGCCACAAUGUGCUGCGCAACAUCGACAGUCUGGCCUUCAAGGGUCUGCAGCGUAUACGGGAAAUCAAGCUGGCUGGUAACCGCCUCACCCACCUGAACAGCGACGUCUUUGAGAAGUUGCAAACGCUGCAGAAGCUCGAUCUGUCCGAGAACUUCUUCGGUCAGUUUCCCACCGUGGCACUGGCGGCAGUGUCUGGGUUGAAGUUCUUGAAUCUGUCCUCAAAUAUGCUGCAGCAAUUGGACUACACCCACAUGCAAGUGGUGCGGAGCCUGGAGACCUUGGACAUGAGUCGCAACAGCAUCACCAGCCUUACGCCUGGCACAUUCAAGGACAUGAACGCGCUCAAGUAUCUGGAUCUGAGUUUGAACUCCCUGAGAACGAUUGAAGAUGAUGCCUUGGAGGGAUUGGAGAGUCUUCAAACUCUCAUCAUCAAAGACAACAACAUUCUGUUGGUUCCCGGCAGCGCACUGGGACGUCUGCCACAGCUCACGACGCUUCAGUUGGACUUCAAUCGAGUGGCUGCCCUCUCGGCGGAGAUUUUGGGUUCUCUGCAGGCGGGCGACAUCACCAGCCUGUCGCUGUCGAGGAACGUUAUUCGGGAACUGCCACCCGGCAGCUUCCAGAUGUUCAGCAGCCUCCACACCUUGGAUCUCGCUGGCAACUCCCUGGCUGUUGUCAAUGCGGACACUUUUGCUGGACUCGAGGGCACACUGAUGGCGCUGAAACUGUCGCAGAAUCGUCUGACCGGUCUCGGCGGCACGCCCUGGGAGCUGCCCGAGUUGCGUUCGCUCGAUCUGAGUGGGAACAGCCUCGCCGAGAUACCGAUUAGCGUAUUUGACGAGCUAGAGAACCUGCAGAGCCUGAACUUAAGCGGCAACCACUUGGCUGGCCUCACGGGCGCCCUGUUCAAGCCGCUGGCACGCCUGCAGGUCAUCGAUUUGAGUCGCUGCAACAUUCGACAGUUGAGUGGCGACCUGCUGGCCGGACUGCAGGACCUCAAGCACAUCCACAUCAAUGACAAUCAGCUGGCGGAGCUGCAGGACGGGACAUUCGUGAACCUGUGGAACAUCAGCUCGAUUGAUUUGUCCAACAACCACAUUGCCUCCAUCCGCACGGGCGCCUUUGUGAAUGUGAUGCAGCUGAAGCGAUUGAAUCUGAAGGGGAACCAGCUGUCGGCCUUCAAGGGGGAGUACUUCAACACGGGCACGGGCAUCGAGGAGCUGGACAUAUCGCACAACCAGCUGAGCUACCUGUUUCCCUCCUCCUUCCGCAUUCAUCCGCGACUGCGGCAGAUCCUCGCGGCGCACAACAAGUUCUCGUUCUUCCCCGCCGAGUUGAUAUCCUCGCUGCAGUACUUGGAGCACAUUGAUCUGUCGCACAAUCUGCUGAAGACAAUCGAGGAGCUGGACUUUGCACGCCUGCCGCGACUCCGCGUUCUGCUCGUGGCCCACAAUCAGCUGGACAUGGUCAGCGAGAUGGCCUUCCACAACUCCACGCAGCUGCAGGUCCUCGAUCUGGCAUACAACAGCCUGGAUCGCAUUGGCGAGCGCACCUUCGAGGGUCUGGUGCGCCUGGAGCAACUCAACCUCGAGGCCAAUCGCCUGUCGGAGCUGUCCGACGGCGUCUUUGAACGCACCAAAUUGCAGAUGCUCGAGAACAUUAAUCUCGCUCGCAAUCGCUUCGAGUACGCGCCCCUCAACGCCCUGCAGCGGCAGUUCUUCUUUGUGUCCUCCGUCGAUUUGAGCCACAAUCGGAUCAAGGAGCUGCCUGCGGACGACAGCAUUAUGGUGAACAUCAAGCGCAUCGAUCUCUCCUUCAACCCACUCUCUGCCCAGGCAGUACACAACGUUCUCAACGAACCCAAGACGGUGCGGGAGCUGAGUCUGGCUGGCACGGGCAUCGAGCAGCUGGAGCUGCUGGAGACGCCCUUCCUGCAGUACCUGAACCUCUCGCACAACAAGCUGCGGCACGUGAAGCCGGAUGUUUUCCAGCGAGUCACACUGCUGGAGACCUUGGAUCUGUCCAGCAACCAACUGGAGAGCCUUGACGAUCUCUCGCACGCGUGGCCACAGCUGCAGGUGCUCCAGGAGCUGGACGUGUCCAACAACAGCUUUGAGAUAAUUUCGCAGGCAAACUUUGGCCAGCUGGAGAUGUUGAAAUCGCUGCGCCUGAGCCACCUGCCGCAGUGCACAAGAAUCGAGAAGAACGCCUUCAAGCAGCUGCCGAAUCUCGUCCAUCUGGAGGCUUACGAUCUGCCGCUGUUGGGCUAUCUGGAUCUCCAGGGCAUCCUCGAGCUGCUGCCCGGCCUGGAGUCGCUGGACAUUGAGGUGAAGGACUCGAGCAUUGGCAGCGAGCAGAUCCAGCCCCUGAAGCAUCCACGCCUGAGCAGCCUGGGCAUUCGCGGGGAGCGCCUCAAGUCCAUCUCCUCGGGCACCCUGGCCGGCUUGAAGAGCAGCGAACUGCAGAUAAAACUGGUCAACACGUCGCUCAGUGCUCUGCCCCCAGCGCUGCUCUUCCCCGUGCCACGCUCCUCGCAGCUCAGCCUGAACGUUGAGGGAUCGCAGAUUUCGGUUCUGGUGCCGCAAUUCCUCAAUGCGCUGGAGGAUCGCCGCGCCAGCCUGCAGCUGCAAGGUCUGGCCAGCAAUCCCAUUGUCUGUGACUGCAACGCGCGUGCCCUGCGCCGCUGGCUGCCCAACUCCGGAAUGCCCGAUGUGACCUGCCAGGCGCCGGCCUUCCUUGCCGGCCGAAAACUCAUCGAAGUGGGCGACGAUGAACUGACCUGCGAUGCCCGUCGCAUGACCUCCUCCACAUCGCGACCCACCGCCACAGUGCCGCAUCUGCACAAGUCGUCCAGCCAGCUGGUGACGCGCAGCAGCUCCACGACGGAGGAGCCGCUGAUCAUAUGGAGCCUGGAGCCCACGCAGCCGCCUAGCCUAAAGAAGAUUAAGACGAAGGCGCCGCUGAUGAAGGCCCAAGCGCCGAUCAUCAGCAACGACGACACGCUCAUCAUUGGCAUUGUCGGUGGGGUGGUGGCCUUCAUAGCCAUCCUGAUCAUCAUCAUUUGCAUUAUCCGGCUGCGCAUGAGCAAUGCGGAGUACCAGCAUAGCACGGCCAUGAUCGGCAUCCCCUCCGGCAUGCACAUGGGCGCCCACAAUGCGGCCUACAACUACAAGAAUGCAGCGGCUGGUGCCGCACUCUACGCGGUGCCGCCGUAUCAAGCCAGCUACGCCACUCUGCCGCACAAAGCGGCCUCCAUACACCAUCAGUCCACACAGAAUCUGACUCAGCGCCAGCAACAACAGCAGCAGCAACACCAGCAUCAACAGCAACAGGCGGCUGCUGCAGCUGCCGCGUACUCAACCAUGUCCCGCAUGUCAUACUUCAGUGGAGCGGGAGCGGCAGGCGGAGGUGUCCCUGGCAAUGGCGAUGGGGCAGAAAGCCUGUCGCAGCAUCAACAUCAGCCCUACAUCAUAUACUCGGAUGAUAAGGCCUACAGAUAAGCUCGAUCCAAUCGGACAUCAUCUCUUUCCCCACAUCUACUUCUAUUUCAGUCUCAGUUAGUCAGUCGGCCGCAUCGCAGUGGCUGCGAGGCCCCCGCCCCCCAACACCACAAGAAACAGGUUCUACAUUCUCAGCCUUCGUUGUAUAUAGACUUAAUGCUACGCUCUAACUGUAACCCUAACUGUAUCGUACCGUAUCUAUAUUUAACCAUACAAGUACCAUAAUUAAGCGCAGCCAAAACGCUGGCAAAUAAACAAAUUGUAGUAUAAUGAACA